AUGAACGUAUUAGUCAGAUUGAAAAGGAAAAUACAUUUAGUAAUUAAACCUCCAAAUAAAAAGGAAAUGAAACAAUUAGACGGUAAAAACUUAGUUUUUGAAGGAAAAGACCUGAGCCAUUUCAUCACUAGUAAAACAAAAAUAAUCUUUGAAUUGUUUGGAAUCCAUAACGUGACAGAAUAUUGUAGUGAUUCUCUAAGAAGUCAAGUGGACGCUCUUGAGGUAGUGAAUGAUACUGCAGAAAGAGGAAUUGCUCUAAUAAAGAAAUUUAACGAAUCGGUCAGAGAUGAACAACAAAAACAAUUUUUGCUGAGGGUAGUGGAGUAUCAUAAAAAAAAUAAUCACCAAGCGAACUAG